AGCCUGGUAAACGGGACCUUCUCCGAGGUGAAGGACAGGAUGUUUUCCCAUUUGCCCUCCCUGCAGCUGCUACCAUUCCACAGUAUUUUAUGUAUGCUGCAUUGAUGGGGCAAUAUGGGCCUGAGUCGCUUGCUGAACUCUAACUCCUUUACUGUUAUACGAGACGAUGCCUUCGCCGGUCUCUUCCAUCUAGAAUACCUAUUCAUUGAAGGAAACAAAAUUGAAACCAUUUCAAGAAAUGCAUUUCGUGGCCUCCGAGACCUAACCCACCUUUCUUUGGCCAAUAACCAUCUUAAAUUUCUGCCAAGGGAUGUCUUCAGUGACUUAGAUUCUCUAAUUGAACUAGAUUUAAGGGGAAAUAAAUUUGAGUGUGACUGCAAAGCCAAGUGGUUGUUUUUGUGGUUAAAGAUGACAAAUUCCACUGUUUCUGAUGUCCUGUGUAUUGGUCCAGCAGAAUAUCAGGAUAAGAAGUUAAAUGAUGUGACAAGUUUUGAUUAUGAAUGCACCACUACAGAUUUUGUUGUUCACCAGAUUUUGCCCUACCAGUCAGUGUCAGUGGAUACAUUCAACUCUAAGAACGAUGUGUUUGUAGCCAUUGCGCAGCCCAGCAUGGAGAACUGCAUGGUGCUGGAGUGGGAUCACAUUGAAAUGAAUUUCAGGAGUUACGACAACAUCACAGGUCAGUCCAUAGUGGGAUGUAAAGCCAUUCUUGUUGGUGACCAAGUCUUUGUGGUGGUGGCACAGCUCUUCGGUGGCUCGCACAUUUACAAGUACGAUGAAAGCUGGACAAAGUUUGUCAAAUUCCAGGAUAUCGAAGUAUCUCGCAUUUCUAAGCCGAAUGAUAUAGAGCUUUUUGAGAUAGACAGUGAAAUGUUUUUUGUCAUAGCAGAUAGUUCUAAAGCAGGUUUGUCAACAGUGUACAAGUGGAAUAACAAAGGGUUUUACUCAUACCAGUCCCUUCACGAGUGGUUCAGGGACACGGACGCCGAGUUUGUUGAUAUAGAUGGGAAAUCCCAUUUAAUCCUCUCUAGCCGCUCACAGGUCCCCAUUAUACUCCAGUGGAACAAAGCUUCAAAGAAGUUUGUCCCACACAGUGAGAUCCCCAACAUGGAAGAUGUCCUGGCUGUGAAGAGUUUCAGGAUGCAAAACAACCUGUACAUCACGCUGACGAGGUUCAUCGGUGACUCCAGAGUUAUGAAAUGGAACAGCAAACAGUUUGUGGAGAUACAGGCUCUUCCCUCCCGAGGAGCCAUGACGCUGCAGCCUUUCUCCUUUAAGAAUAAUUACUACUUAGCCUUGGGAAGUGACUAUACAUUCUCCCAGAUAUACCAGUGGGAUGGUGAAAAGAAGAUCUUUAGGUUAUUUAAAGAAAUCUAUGUGCAAGCGCCACGUUCUUUCACAGCUGUGUCAACGGAUCGAAGAGAUUUUUUCUUUGCCUCCAGUUUUAAAGGAAACACACAAAUAUUUGAACAUAUCAUCAUCGACUUGAGUUUAUGAAAAGCUGCUGGAUUGAAAUUCAUGUAGAGUGACAUUUAUACACAAGCAAAACAGUGACCUUUCCAAGAACAGGGAGCACCUAUGGAGUAUGAUGACAUUUUCUGAACUUUUAAAACUUGCGUAUUAAUCAGGGAUUGCAUUUACUCGGUUGCUGCAUGACAUGUCCGUUUUAUCCUUUUUCAAAGACACUUUGCAACCUGCAGCCAUUCAGACAAGUGUGCAGUGCAUUAGGGUUAAUUUUAACAUCUAAGAACUAUUUAAAUUUUACCCAGAAAACUACCUUAAAUUGGACAUCUCAUAAUGAAAGCAACAAGGAAGCCAUACCAUUUCUAUGCUUCGGCAUAGAAAUGCUUUUGACUCUUUAGCUAAGACCUCAGUACUAAGAUUUUAAGAUUAGAAGCAGGUCAUUAUGCUUGCUGAUGAAUUGUAAAAGCAAACAGUAACAUUCCGGAAUACACUUCAUUUUGGUUUCUUGCGCCCUAUCUUCAAAAUCUGUCUUUGUGGUUUAUAGUAGGACCAAGGUGUCAUUUUAACUCAUUGUAGCUUAAAGGGAAAGUCAAAAUCUAUUGCCAUUUUUCUUAUAUUAAUCACUAUUUCAGCAACAAAUUGUACGUAACCAAGAGCCCAGCCCAGAGUACCUGGGUGGCCAGGAAAAUAAAGGUAUGUCACUUCUGGACUGUGAGAUCUUAAGUUAAUACAGACAGAAAAUAACAGAGGUCUGCUUGGUACAUUGACUAUAGAUUCAGUCUGCUUUGUGGAUUAAUAGGUAUUCCAGAAAUACAUCUCAUUUUGCUCUAAUUCACACUCUUCCUGAUGAUCCCAGUAGAUUCUAGGGUGCUUUACCAAGGUUUUAUUCAUCCACAAGGCACAGCUUAAAUUUAGUCUGUAACAUGUAUCUACAUUCAUGUUCUUCAUGCUGUGGCUUGUCUUUACACAAUGAGAUGAUUUUUUCUUCUGAGUUCUCCCUCCAGCACAGCUCACAAGCAAUAAAUUCACGUUUUGGUUAUCACAAGCUGUACUUGGGGAAUCUGAGAACGAAACAGGACUUUGUUAUCACCAGGUCUUUUGAAACUGAGGCAGCUAGAGCUGUCGAAGCUAGAGCUUACCCUGGCUCCAAGAAGAAGAGUUUCAUCUUGGUGGCCCCAGACUUUUGCUGGGUUGCCAAGCUUUCAAAUGUCUUGCAGGUUAUGUAGCAGGAUGUGAACAGUCCAUGUCUCAUUGGUGUUUUGGGUGGCUACAGAAUAAGGCGUUCAUUUAUCUUAAAUAUGGCAGCAGUCCUGGUGUGCACAGAGCCUCUGGCAGGAUAACAGCUGGGGACCGUUCUCCUGGAAAGGCUCCAACGUAUUUACCCAACAAAGUUGUAUAGCAGAAGCCGUG